AUGGCGAGUUUGCACCCGCUCCUGAAGGCAGCGAAGGAAGGGUCGACGAGGGUUGUGAAGAAGUUGCUCCAGGCAGGCACCUCUGUGGAUGUAACAGACGCAAAGGGAUGGACCGCGCUCCAUUGGGCGUCCUUGGGAGGCCACGGGAACGUGGUGGUCACGCUGUUGAAGGCUGGGGCUGAUGUGAACGCCAGGAGCCUCAAUGACGAGACCCCCCUCCUGGUUGCUUCAGCAAAUGGUCACGCGGAAGUGGUCUCACUCCUCUUGGAGGAAGGAGCAGACAAGACAAUAAAGGACGCCAAUGGCAGGACGCCAGAAUUCGUGGCACAGAAAGGAUUCCACUUUGAUGUCCUUCGUCUGCUCAGACCACUAGAGGCGCCUGCGCCCUCGCAGUCCCCUGGAGGGUUUUUUGGAAACACGGGGGCAGAAGGUACGCUGGACAACGGCAAUGGAACUGUGUCAGUUGGUCAGGAGAGGGUGCGGAGCAAUGCAAAGAGAAAGGACGAGCAAGCUCUGCGCGAUGCCACCCAAGAGGGUGAUAUUUUGACAGUCCAAGAGUUGCUGAAGCACAAUCCAGACAUCGACAUCGAUGCUGAAGAUAGCCAGGGGCAUAGUGCACUGUACUUGGCAGCAGCAGGUGGCGGGACUGAGAUCUUGGAGGUUCUUCUGGAGCAUGGUGCUGACACGGAGACGACAGAUGCAAUCGGCAACACGCCACUCUGGGUAGCUGCUGAUAGGGGCCAAGUAAAAAUGGUGGACUUACUUUUGGCGCACGGUGCAAGAAAGGAAGUCCGUGAUGCUGAGGGAAGGACUCCACUCUUCAUCGCUGCAGAAAAAGGCCAUGCUGAAGUUGUUGAGGUUCUGUUCAAGUCUGGUGCAAGUAUGGAGACUCCCAACAGCAAUGAUGAGACGCCACUCUUUGCGGCUGCCAGACAGGGGCAGCAUGCAGCCUUGAGCAAACUCAUCGAGCUUGGUGGCAAAGUCAAUGCUGUCAACAGUGAGGGCAACACGCCCCUGCAUGUGGCAGGCAAGCAUGGCAGGGUCCAAGUGAUAGGAACCAUGCUGGAUGCUGGAGCAAGGGUGGAUGCAACGAACACUGAUGGAGAAACCCCAUUGUUCAUCGCAGCAGAGGAGGGACAAAGCCGGGUUGUACAAAUUCUGAUCGGCGCAAAGGCUGCUGUGAAUGCAAGAAACAAGCACGGAGAGACUGCGCUGUACGUUGCAGCUGUGGAUGGCCACUCUGCAGUGGUGGCAGUCCUCCUAGACAAUGGUGCCGACCCUGAGGAGGGUGACUCCAAUGGUGACACUGCGCUGAUGGCCGCAUCGCAAGAAGGCCGCACUUCAGUGAUGACUCAACUCUUGGAUGCCCACACUGAUAUUGAUGCUGCCAACAAAUCGGGGGAAAGAGCACUCCACUUUGCAUGCCGCGAGGGGUAUCAAAAUGCAGUGUCGAUUCUGAUAGAUGCAGGAGCUGACAUAAAGGCAGCAGAUUCGGAAUAUGGGGAAACGGGCUUGCAUAUGGCGGCAAGGGAUGGUCAUGUUGGAGUCAUCCGCGAGCUCCUUGCUGCGUCUGACAGGGUAAAUGCAACAGGAAGUGUGCCCCUGCAUCUGAUGACAACCACAAACGCAGAGACAGCACUGCACAUAGCAACACGCCAUGGUCAUGUAUCAGUCAUGCGGCUGCUGAUAGACUAUGAUGAGACCCUUGCAGAGCGAUCUUCAGAGGAUGACACACCACAAACCGGAGCAGUUGGGCAGAUAAUCAAUCGACGGAGCAAAUUUGGUUCUGUGCCGCUGCACGUCGCUGUGGAAGCUCAGCACAGGGGUGCUGUGAAGCUGUUGCUCGAGAACGAUGCCAUUGUGGAUGUUUCCGACGUCCGCAUUGAAACACCACUUCACGUUGCUGCCACAAAGCAGGAUGUCUUGAUUCUUCGUCUGCUGCUGGGUAAAGGGGCCGAUGAAGAUGCGACCAACCAAGAUGGGAGAACUCCGCUUCAUCUUGCUGUGGUCAAUAUCCAUCCAAACAAUGUUCGCGAAUUGAUUGCUGCUGGGGCAGAUUAUGCUGCAGUUGAUUUGCAAGGCUUGACUCCCAUGGAUCUACUGCUCACCAACUCUACGGACCCUGCGAUUUCUGAAAUAAAGGUCAUGUUGCAGUAUGAAGCCUCAGUCCAGCGGGAGCCUGACGCAGUAACAGUUGGAACCCCAGACGGGGGCAUGGCCCCUGCACUGCCCCCUGGCGAAGAGUCCGACAAAGACCUCAAGGGGCUGCUUCCAGUAGCCAUUACUGUUGUGCCCCUUGUGGCGGUCCUUGUGUUCAUUAUGGUGGCCGUGUUCACGUUGUCUCGCAAGCGGCAAAGACGUCUGCAGCAGCGCUCUGAGGGCCUUGCGAAGAGGAUGAACUCGUCCCCAAGUGCCAAGAAAUGUGGCAGUGCCAGCGCAGAGUUCGACAUGAUUUCAACGUCCCAGGAACCUGUUAACAGCUUUGACGUGCAUGCAAUGGCCACCUUCGAUGUCUACGAUGUCCCAAUGACUCAAAUGACAGAGGAAUCGAACUGGGAGGACGACGGCAGCAGUACAUCGUACUGCAGUACAUGUUGCUGGUCAUCGGAUGAUGAAAUUGCCAGCGACCCAGGGUUGAGUGAGAUUCGUGUGGAUGUGCCCCGUGUUCAGAAGGUGGAUAGGCGUUGCUCCAAGUCUGGCCAGGUGAAGAGAAGGGGCUCCAGGGCCCGAUCCCAUCGGCUUACAUCAUCAAGCCAUCCCAGGCGCUGCCCGACAGUGGCAGAAUCUCCUCCCCAAGAUCCCACUCUUCGGAAAGGUGCAGCAAAUGACCCUGUGAUGACAUCGCCUUUUGCAUCGCCGUUUGCGAGCGUUGGGGGCCCAAAACAGGAAGGGCCUGUGGACUAUGGGGUGGCCGAGGAGCCAUCGGAAGGCGAGAUAGCUGCGUGUGCCAGGGAGAUGCGCCUGCAGAUCUCUUCCCGAAACCAAUCCGAAAUACAGGAAAUACAGGAAGCCAGUGGCAGUGGCAGGAGGCGAACGGGUGCUGUUAGGCCAAGCCCUACAUGGGUGGGAGUGGUUCCUGAUGUUGAGUUCAACAAUUGGCUGGAUGACGAACCACCAUCUAGCGCGAGGCAGCACGGCACUCAGGUGAUUCGAAGGAGGACGAACCCAAGAUGA